AUGGGUUCUUUCAAAAUAAUCUCCACAUUCCUUCUGGUCCUCCUACUUUUCCCAUCUUUUCACCCCAAAUGUGGAGCUUCAGCUUCUGCUGAAGAGGCUGCUGCUCUUUUGAAAUGGAAAGCCAGUUUUUUGAACCAGAACAACAGCUUCCUAACCUCAUGGAACCUUCAAUCAGGCAAUGCCAAGAAUUCUUCUAUACUUCCUUGCACUUGGGCUGGUAUUUCCUGCAUUGAUGGAAGUGUCAACAGGUUGAACCUUUCAUAUUGGAGCAUUGAAGGUAGCCUCUAUGAUUUCCCAUUCUCAUCCCUCCCAAAUCUUGAAUAUCUUGAUCUCAGCCAGAAUCAGAUCAUAGGCAGUAUACCUAAACAAAUAGGUAACCUGUCGAAGCUCAGUUAUCUUAAUUUCUAUGCUAAUGAAUUGUCACAAGAAAUCCCGCCUGAAAUUUGCAACUUGAGAAACUUGACUCAUUUAGAUUUUGCAAGUAAUCAACUUUCAGGUCCCAUUCCCGUGGCGAUGGGGAAUCUGGUCUCACUUCAGUUUCUUUACUUGUGUCACAAUAAUCUUACCGGUGCAAUCCCAAAGUCACUAGGUAAUUUGACCAAUUUGAUUAUACUAUAUCUCUAUGAAAAUCAACUUUCAGGUUCAAUUUUCAAAGAAGUAGGUGAUUUGAAAUUCCUUACUGACAUGGAAUUAUCUAACAAUCAACUUAAUGGUUCAAUUCCUGCUUCAAUUGGUAACUUGAGUACCUUGAAAGUACUGUAUCUCUAUAACAAUCAAUUUUCUGAUUCGAUUCCUGCUACUUUUGGCAACCUCAAUAAGCUGGUGAAUCUAUCCCUUCAGCAAAAUCACCUAUCUGGUCACAUUCCUCCUGCGAUUGGGAAUUUGAUCUCACUUCAGCUUCUUUACCUGUAUCAAAAUAAUCUCACUGGUGCAAUCCCAAAGUCACUAGGUAAUUUGACCAAAUUGAUUGAACUAGCUCUCUAUGACAAUCAACUUAAUGGUUCAAUUACUGCUUCAAUUGGUAACUUGAGUACCUUGAAAGUACUGUAUCUCUAUAACAAUCAUUUUUCUGAUUCGAUUCCUGCUACUUUUGGCAACCUCAAUAAGCUGGUGAAUCUAUCCCUUCAGCAAAAUCACCUAUCUGGUCACAUUCCUCCUGCGAUUGGGAAUUUGAUCUCACUUCAGCUUCUUUACCUGUAUCAAAAUAAUCUCACUGGUGCAAUCCCAAAGUCACUAGGUAAUUUGACCAAAUUGAUUGAACUAGCUCUCUAUGACAAUCAACUUAAUGGUUCAAUUCCUGCUUCAAUUGGUAACUUGAGUACCUUGAAAGUACUGUAUCUCUAUAACAAUCAAUUUUCUGAUUCGAUUCCUGCUACUUUUGGCAACCUCAAUAAGCUGGUGAAUCUAUCCCUUCAGCAAAAUCACCUAUCUGGUCACAUUCCUCCUGCGAUUGGGAAUUUGAUCUCACUUCAGCUUCUUUACCUGUAUCAAAAUAAUCUCACUGGUGCAAUCCCAAAGUCACUAGGUAAUUUGACCAAAUUGAUUGAACUAGCUCUCUAUGACAAUCAACUUAAUGGUUCAAUUCCUGCUUCAAUUGGUAACUUGAGUACCUUGAAAGUACUGUAUCUCUAUAACAAUCAUUUUUCUGAUUCGAUUCCUGCUACUUUUGGCAACCUCAAUAAGCUGGUGAAUCUAUCCCUUCAGCAAAAUCACCUAUCUGGUCCCAUUCCUCCAGUGAUAGGGAAUUUGAGCUCACUUCAGUUUCUUUACCUGUAUCAAAAUAAUCUCAUUGGUGCAAUCCCAAAGUCACUAGGUAAUUUGACCAAUUUGAUUCAACUGGCUCUCUCUAACAAUCAACUUAAUGGUUCCAUUCCUACUUCAAUUGGUAACUUGAGUAACUUGGAACUACUGUAUCUCUAUAACAAUCAAUUUUCUGGUUCAAUUCCGGUCACUUUUGGUAAUCUCAAUAGGUUGGUGAAUCUAUGCCUUUACCAAAAUCACCUAUCUGGUUCCAUUCCUCCAGUGAUAGGGAAUUUGAGCUCACUUCAGUUUCUUUACCUGUAUCAAAAUAAUUUCACUGGUGCAAUCCCAAAGUCACUAGGUAAUUUGACCAAAUUGAUUGAACUAGAUCUCUCUGAGAAUCAACUUUCAGGUUCAAUUCCUGUUUCAAUUGGAAACUUGAGUGACUUGGAACUUUUGGCUCUCCCUAAGAAUCAACUUAAUGGUUCAAUUCCUGCUUCAAUUGGAAGCUUGAGUGACUUGGAACAUUUGGCUCUCCAAUACAAUCAAUUUUCUGGUUCCAUUCCACAGGAGCUUGGAAAACUGAAUAAGUUGGUUUAUUUGAGCUUGUUUAGUAAUCAGUUCUCCGGUCCAUUGCCAGAACUAUUAUGUCAAAGUGGAAUUCUCCAAAACAUUACUAUAGGUGAGAACAUGCUUACCGGUCCAAUCCCUAAAAGCUUGCAAAACUGCUCAAGCUUAGUUAGGGCCCGUUUCGACAGUAACCGUUUCCAAGGAAACUUAUCAGAAAUGUUUGGAAUCUAUCCAGUCCUGGAUUUCAUAGAUCUCAGCAAUAACCAAUUCUAUGGGAAACUCUCCAGCAACUGGGGUAAAUGCAAAAUGCUGAAAACCCUAUUAGUUGCAAAGAACAACAUCACGGGUGGUAUACCUCCAGAAAUUGGAAAUUUGACUCAACUACAUGCACUUAAUCUUUCUUCGAAUUAUUUAUCAGGGGAGAUACCGAGGGAAGUUGGGAAGUUAGCUUCUAUGCUUAAACUAGAUUUACAUGACAACCAGCUUACUGGGGGUAUACCUCAAGAAUUGGGAAUGUUAAUGGAAUUUCUAGACCUGUCCACAAACUCCUUGAAUGGAACUUUACCAGAACUUCUCGGAGAUUUGAAACACUUAUUUCACAUGAACUUGAGCAAUAAUGUUUUAAGUCAAAAGAUUCCAUUGCAGAUUGGGAAGUUAACCCAACUUUCUGAGCUGGAUUUGAGUCAAAAUCUCCUCACAGGAGAGAUACCAUUUGAGUUUCAAAAUUUGCAGAGUUUGGGGACAUUGGAUCUCUCCCAGAAUAACCUAUCUGGUUUGAUCCCAAAGGAUUUGGCAGAAUUACCUGGUUUAUUGCACAUCAAUCUUUCUUUUAAUAAUUUGGAGGGCCCAAUUCCGAGUGGUAGAGCUUUUGUGAAUCUAACCUUAGAAGAAGUAAAGGGAAAUAAAGGUUUGUGUGGCAAUAUUACAGGGUUACGAGCCUGUGAAAGUUCUCGGUUGAUUAAAAAGCAUGUCAAGGAUAAAAGCAAGGAACUUGUUCUCAUAAUUGUAUUGCCUCUUCUGGGAUCAUUCAUACUUCUUGGUGCAUUCUUCGGUGUUCUCAGAUUGCGUGAUCGGAGAAAACAAAAUUCAAGAGAGGAAGAAAUUGAGGUGAAUAAGGGCGGUUUAUUUGCCAUAUGUGCUUAUGAUGGCAAAGCAUUGUAUAAAGAAAUCGUUAGGUCUACAGAAGAGUUCAGUGAAACGUAUUGCAUUGGGAAAGGUGGUUGUGGAAGUGUUUACAAAGCAUUGCUUCCAGCAGGCCAGGUAGUAGCUGUAAAAAGACUUCACAACAUACCUAAUGUGGCAAAGGAUAGAAGUUUCUUGAAUGAGAUCAGGGCCUUGACAGAAAUCAAGCAUCGAAACAUUGUGAAACUUUUUGGCUUCUGCUCAAAUGCUCAGCAUUCAAUUUUGGUUUAUGAGUACCUCGAAAGGGGAAGCUUGUCCAAAAUGUUGAGCAUAGAAGAAGAAGCUAAGGAACUAGACUGGCAAAAGAGGCUGAAUAUCAUCAAAGGCAUCGCUCAUGCUUUAUCUUACAUGCAUCAUGAUUGUUCACCACCAAUUGUACACCGAGACAUAUCAAUCAACAACAUUUUGCUUGAUCCAGAAUGCGAGGCUCAUGUUUCAGAUUUUGGCACUUCCAAGUUUCUUAGAAGAGAUUCAUCUAACUGGAGUUCUCUUGCAGGCACAUAUGGAUAUGUUGCACCCGAAUUUGCCUACACAAUGAAAGUUAACGAAAAGUGUGACGUUUAUAGCUUUGGGGUCCUGACAAUGGAAGUAAUCAAAGGAAAGCAUCCUGGUGACAUGAUUGCUAAUCUAUUGUCUUCAAAGCCUGAAGAGAUAGAACUAAAAGACUUGCUAGACCAAAGACUUCUGUAUCCCAAUCAACAAAUUGAAAAGUGUCUAAUAUCCAUCCUCAAACUAGCAAGAGAAUGUCUACAUGUUGAUCCUCAAUGUAGGCCAACAAUGCUCAUUAUUUCCAGGUAUCUUGCCUCCUAUUAAAUGCAGACUGCAGUGCCCUAUCCCCCCCCCCCCCC